UACAAAAUUACAUGGAAUGCAUUUUUCGCUUCCAGUUUCGAUUUUUUAAAAACGAAUCGAAGCGCGAUGGAAUUUAGUAACCAAAUUUGUAUGCUUAAAUCUAGGAACGUUAUCCUCUAUUUAACAAUUGUGUUCCUGACAAUUUUACAAGAAGUCAAGACACAAACGCCAAAGCCAAUUCCUAGCACAUCGGAAACUUCGGAAAUUUGCAGCACAGAGGUCUGCAGAAAUGUUGCUAGUAACAUUUUGAAGAACAUGGACACGAGUGCCGAUCCGUGCUAUGAUUUUUAUCAAUUUUCUUGCGGACAUUGGAUCAAUUACCAUACAAUUCCUUUGAAUAAAGGGUAUCACAGCGAGAUAGAUGUGCUUACGAAAAAAAAUGAAGAUCGCAAGAAGGCCAUUUUGGAGGAGACCAUUAAUUCGAACGAUAUUGAAUCUGUACAAAAGGCAAAAAAAUGGCACCAAGUUUGCCUAAAUAUUGGAGAUGACGACCGUGAAGGAAUUGUAGUAUUGGCGAAUAUUAUUAGAAAGUUUGGUGGUUGGCCGAUGGCGAUGAUGGCAAAUCAAUGGAAUCCCAAUGGACCAUCUUGGCAAAUUAUUGACAAUUAUUAUACACAACUUACUGGACGAUCGACGUUCUUUCACUUCACAAUCGUGCCAAAUCCACUCGAUAAGAACGUCACGAUAUUGUCGGUAGGUCGGCCGCAAUUAACGUUUCCUUUGAGAAUCCUAAUGAACUUGGUAAAUGAAAACAAUCACACAGGCAUGUUGCAAUAUAUGACAACAAUUGUUACAUUGUUUAAACAUGUCGGUCUAAACUCAUCUGAAAUUACUGAUUAUGAUGCAAUUAUGAUGGAUGCAAAAGCUCUGAUUAGACUCGAGCUUUCUCUCCUUGAUGCUGGCCUCGUUGGGCCGCAAAAUCGAAGGGAAAUACAAAUUUCAUCGUCAACAAUAUUCGGACUUCAGAAUUUUUACAAUCAGCGAGUAACUCUGUCGGAACAGUCUACGAUCAAUUGGUUGGAUGUUGUCAACAAUUUGUUGAGAACAUCAAAUAUGCAGGUGACCGAAAGGGAAAAAAUUCUUAUCAGUCCUCUUGAGUAUUUCGCAAAAUUGGGUGCCAUACUGAAUAAUACCCCAAAAAGAACCCUAAUAAAUUACGUUCACUGGAGGUUUAUAUACAAAACUUUCAAGUAUAGUAAUGAGAAUAUGAGGCAACUUGAUUAUGGAAUUAAGAAAGAGCUUUUACAAACCAGCAGUCUCAAGCCAAGGUGGAAAGACUGUAUUAGAAAAAACCCAUUUAAAGAGGCGAUAAUUUAUCAAUACCUGACCAAAUUUGUUUCUGAUGAUUCCAUUGAAAAAGUGAGGACAAUAUUUACAGAAAUAAAGGGCAGCGUGGAAACACAAAUUUCUAAUACACGUUGGUUGAAUACGGCGGAAAAAAAUGCAGCAAUUAAAAAACUGAGAUUUAUAAAAGGUUUCAUUGCUCAUUUGGGUCGGGGAAAGGACUCUGUAUAUAUUAACAAAUUGUAUGAACGGCUUCCUGUUACUUCUACGUACAUGGUAAAUGUACUCAACUAUAAAACUACACUCACUAUGCAAAGAGUUACAGAAUUAACAAAACCGGUUGAAAAAUAUACAUUAGAAAGUGUGUUUAUGGGAGACCCACUUGCUGUAAAUGCUUUUUACCGACAUACCUUAAAUAUGAUAUCUAUUUUAGCGGGAGUAUUCGACUGGCCAUACUUCCUGCCUGAUAUGCCCGAAUCUAUGCAAUAUGGGGCGAUUGGUUCUGCGAUCGGCCAUGAGAUAUCUCAUGCUUUUGACACAAAAGGAAUUCGUUUCAACUAUUUGGGCAAAGAGGAGCAAACAUGGUCCCCGGAAGCUGUUAGAGUUUUCAACUCUAAAGCUCAAUGUUUCAUUGAUCAAUUCAAUGGAUAUCAGCACAUAGAAUUAGCAAAUAUUGGUCAAGAAGCAUACGCAAACGGAAACUCGACAUGUUCGGAAAACAUGGCGGACACUGCUGGACUUCAAGCAGCUUUUGCAGCUUUUCAGAAACUGCCGAAAAAUCGAGGAAAGGGUUACAAAUCGCUAAUUGGACUUCAACAAUUCUCCAGCGAGCAGCUGUUCUUCCUGUCAUUUGCAAGCGUAAGGUGCGCAUAUAUUACACCGCAAUAUUUGGCUUAUCUCAUACAAUUCCCAGAAGUACAUAGUCGUCCACGAUUGAGAGUUCGUGGAGCAGUUUCGAAUAUGGAGGAAUUUAGCAAAGCUUUUAAAUGUCGAAAAGGAAGUCGGUUGAAUCCUGAGACGAAAUGUGUCUUGUGGAGUUAAAUAAAUCGUUAGAAGUUAUGCCA